AUGCCCGAUAUGCAUGUCUUCAAUUCUCCAGCUAAGCUGGACUUGUCAAAUGCGCCGUCUCAGUACUUCCAGGUCCCAGCCACCUCCGCAUCCUCAUCACUGUACUCCCUCUCGGUGAGCCGCAAGCGCCCACGUCGCAACACAGAAAAGCUUGCAUCGCGUUUCGAAUCUCCAUCCGAGCUCGAGUCCCCUAUGGUCCAGUCGGAUUAUCGGGCCUUCAGCGGUGGACACGACUUCCACACCUCUGCAGAGCUGGACUACCGUCCAAACCGAUAUCGCGAAUCCUUCCUCCCACCAUCUCUCGAUGCAAGCACUGAGUCAAUAAACCCCGAGUCCAGCGGCACAAGUCGCAAGCGCAGCCGUCGUGACUCGGGUAUCGCAUCUCCAAACGCCGACGGCCCAGACUCGCCCUCAACAACUCCAGCUGGCUGGGGCCGGACGGUGAUCAAAGCCGUUGGCAAAGUCCUCGACCUCUGCUGGUCUGGAGCGUUCCGAGGAUUCUAUGCUGGUGGCGGGCAGGGCUAUGACAUGACAGCUGGGCUGCCAACAACCCUCGAAUCAAGCUGGCAGCCAUCGACCAGCCCAUCCACCGAAAAAGACUCCUACCACUCUAACAUAUUUGCAACCCCCGUCCCGGGCCAAUACCCCGACGACGACCUCGAUCGCAGCUGGGUCGUUGUUCCACCCAAGACCCACGAUCCUUUCGUGGGCAACAGCGACACUGCCAGCCCGUCGCUGCGCACUCGGCGGAUGUUCCAAGCUUCCAGUCCGCGCCGUCGACCAGCCGUCAUGCCCCGGCUCAAGAAGGUGGCCUAUGCCUCACCACAACCAAAAUCCCCAAUCAAGAGCCAGGCUCUUCCCUCACCCCGGACAAGGGACGCUCCUGCGUCUGCCGAGGUGCAGCGACAUGCAGCCAAGAUGCGCCGCAAGGAGCGAGAAGAGGACGCCAGUAUUCAACGUUUGAACAAACAGCUGCAAGAUAUGAUUCGGGAGGGCAAAGCAGCUCUCGGAACGACGGUGGAAGUAAAUGAUGUGGACAUGGAUUUCUCCGACUACGACUAA